AGGCACUGAGCUCUUAGCAGCUGCCCGGGCGAGAGGCGCUGCAAUGGGCUCCGUGCUGAGCAGCGACAGCGGCAAAUCCGCGCCUGCCUCGGCCACCCCGCGGGACCUGGAGCGCAGGGGGAGCCCCGAGCUGCCAGUCACGUCCUUCGACUGUUCCGUGUGCCUCGAGGUGUUACACCAGCCUGUGCGGACCCGCUGUGGCCACGUAUUCUGCCGUUCCUGUAUUGCUACCAGUCUAAAGAACAAUAAGUGGACCUGUCCUUAUUGCCGGGCAUAUCUUCCUUCAGAAGGAGUUCCAGCUACUGAUGUAGCCAAAAGAAUGAAGUCUGAGUACCAGAAUUGCACUGAGUGUGACACCCUGGUUUGCCUCAGCGAAAUGAGGGCGCACAUAAGGACUUGCCAGAAAUACAUAGAUAAGUAUGGACCACUACAGGAACUUGGGGAGACAAGGUGUGUGUGUCCAUUUUGUGAGAGGGAAUUGGAUGAAGACAGCUUGCUGGAUCAUUGUAUUACUCAUCACAGAUCAGAAAGGAGACCUGUGUUCUGUCCACUUUGCCGUUUAAUACCUAAUGAGAAUGCAAGCAGCUUCAAUGGCAGUUUAAUACGACAUUUGCAAGUCAGUCACACUUUGUUUUAUGAUGAUUUCAUAGAUUUUAAUAUCAUUGAGGAAGCUCUUAUCCGAAGAGUCUUAGACCGGUCACUUCUUGACUAUAUGAAUCACUCAAACACCACAUAGUUUUACUAAGAGGAAGUAGAAGGAGACCAUACAAUUGCACCAUUUGUUGAGAUGCUGCUUGAACAAUUGGAGGGAAAUCGUCAAUCUUUGAUGGGCAAAAAUAUACAACACAAUUAUAUGUUUGUCCCUGUUCAUUGUUAUAUUGCAUUUAAAAAUGGCUUUCAUUUUGAUGGUUUAAAUUUAUUUUAUGUUCUUGAGUUUCUUAAACAAUUAACAACAACAACAAAAAUAGUUGCCAGCCGUUAAUAUUAUGGAAUAGAACACAGAUCUGGGUAUAUGGAUCUUUAUUUGCAAAUUGGAUGACACUGUGUAAUGCUACAUGUUAAUUACUACCUUUAUAGUUGGAGAAGGUAGUUUUUGCUCUGUGUAAAAAGAUGGAGAGUGAAACAAACUGUGGUCAUUCAAGGAAAUACAAAGUAUGUCCCAAUAUUCAUGUUCUAGCUUAUAAUGGAAUAACAUGAAUAAUCUUUUAUAGAAAUAGGAAAGAAAAUACUGGAAGUUGACGAAGUCAAUUUAACCCAAUUGUAUUACAUAAUACUGUAACAAAAUUAAUUUUGUGUUAGGAAUGCAUACUUAAUUCUUCAACUUAUAAUUAUAUGUACACAUAAGAAUUUAAUAUUAUAUUUUUCAAAUAUUUGUAGGUUAUUAUUUAGAAAUAUUUCUGUAAUUUAGGCAAUUUCUUGAGAACUAUCAGCUACUAUUUAUAACUAUCGUUAAUUGGAAACCCUAAGGACAUUGAUUUUUUUUUUUAAUUUUAACCUUUAAAAAAAUUAUGAAGUAAAACACAAAUACUGAAAACCAUACACAGCAACCAAAGUCCUGAAAGAAUUUGUGUGAGAAUUAUUGAUUGGAAAAGUAAUUGGCUAUGUAAGCUUCACCUAAAGCACAAUAAAAUGUUUUUAAAAAAAGAACUCAUAGCCAAAAAACAUAGCACAAAAUGUAUAACAUAUGUUACCAUAAGAAAACAUUCUUUUGGAACUCUGCCAGCUACCCAGAUGUCCACCAUGUAUCCUGCCACAGUUACAACUGUUGCACCCAGCCCUACAAGAGUAACUAAAAGACUGACUUCCAUAGCAACAAUUUCCUUGCGUUUCCUUAUUAUUUUAUCACCCAAAUGUGGAUCUGUAGACACUAUUUAAAUCUUCCCCAUUAAUUUUUUUUUUUUAAUUUGGCUAUCUUUUACAUCCCUUUUUAAUCUACAAUUUCCCUUUCUUUUCCUUGUUGAAGAAUCCAAGUCUUAUGACCUGUAGAGUUUCCCACAAUUUUUAUUUUGCUGAUUGCAUACUUAUGGUGCAAUUCAGCACGUUCCUCUGUCCUCUGGAUAUUGGCACAUGGAUCUAGAGGUCUGAGCAGACUCAGGUUCCAUCAUUUUGACAAGACUGUAGGUCAUGGUGUAUUCUUCAUUAGAUGGCACAUAAUGUCUGAUUCUCUUUCUGUAAUGGUAGCCAAAGUGGAUACUUAUUCCUAGAUCUGUUAAUUCAUUGUUGGUUGGAGAAUAUUCUAAUUCUGUCAUUUCUUUUUUCGUUUAUUAGUUGGGAUAUUUUUUUAAAGAGAUGCUUCCCACAUCUACUAUUCAGUUAACCAGUGAUGGAGUUUAUAUAAGGAAGAGAAAAUAUUUUUUCCCCUGUAUUUACCAAUUUUCAAGAUUAUGAACUUUUUUCUUAUAUUCCAGAGAUCACUUUUUCUUUUUUUUAAGUAUUAUGAACUCAUAGAUUCAAAUGUAUUUGAUGGACUUCCAUUCAUUGCAAAUACUACUUUAUUUUAAAGCUCAACUUUUUCCACCCUUGGUCAUUGAGAGAGCCUCAUCAAGUUGACGCUGAGUCCUUUUGACACUACCCUAGCAGUCUUUAAUAACUUCCUUGUUAUCUCAUAUGGCAAAUUGUUCCAGAAUCAACUUAUAUAUUUCCUACCCCAGACCUGAAAUCGGCCAUUUCUCUAAGGAGCCAUGGUUUCUUUCAGUGAAAAAUAGUGUUUUAAAGCCAUAAUCUGGGUUCAUUGCUACUGGGUUGGUCAUUGUUUCUAGGAAAGUGUUAGGAAAAAACUUACAUGUUUUAGAGAUAUAACAAUUUGUGAGUUUAUUGUGAUAUUUCUAAAUCAAAUCCAGUGCUACCAGGUUUUUGUUUAACCUCUUUAUUACAUCUUUAAGAAGCCCUGGUAGGGCACUGGUUAAAGCUCUUGGCUGCUAACCAAAAAGUCAGCUGUUUCAGCCCAAUAGCCGCUCUAUGGAAAAAAGAUGUGGCAGCCUGCUUCCGUAAAGAUUACAGCCUUGGAAACGCUACGGGGCAGUUCUACUCUGUCCUGGUAGGGUCGCUGUGAGUCGGAAUCGACUUAACCGCAGUUUGGUUUUUGGCUUUGGAUUACGUCUUUAUCUCUCUUCUCUACUGAGAAUCCUGAUUUUCAAGUACAUGGGGAAUGAUGAUAGAAUAUCCCUUAAUUACUCAUUUGUUUUACAUUACGUAUGCGACAGUCUCAGAAUAACAAUGCUAAUAUAACCACCCCCAGUAUGAUAACUGAAACAGUUCAAAUUUUUUAUUUGCUCUUCCCAUUCUCCCCCUAUUUUUUAAAAGUUGUACUAUGUCAGCAUUUUCAGAACAUACUGGUAUAAUAUACUAUGCUCUCUCCCUUUUAUGCACUGUCUGGUCUUAGUUCUUAUUUGAUGGCCUGGUUAUUUUUCACAUCUGGCUCUUUAAAGAUGAUUCCAGGACAUAGAUUAAUGUUUCCAUCUUGAAAGAAAGCAAAGAAACUACAAAGUCUAGUGAUGUCAACUCCUGACAAUUAAAUGUUAUUUGGCUACUGUUGACUUAAUUCCAAUAAUUUAUAAACUAAUUUGUUCCUUACACAUAAGUGUAGUUAUAAUAAUGGGACCCAAAAUUUUCUAUAAUAAACAUCCAUUACUUAAAAGCAGAACUUACUAUUCUUCCAUCAUUGGUAAUUUGGAAAAGAUAAAGCCGAAUGAAAUCUAGAGAGUCUUGUAUCAUUCCUUUCCGAUAUAGUUUCAAACUUGCUUUUCAUAGCUGCCGACAAGUAACAAGAGAUUCAGUUUCACGACCCCUCUUCCUCCAAUUUAGAUGAACUAGCUAAUAAAGCAAACCCUGAUGGACAACAAGAGAAAAGGAGAGGGAAUUUUUCAGAGGUUAUCAUCAAACAGAAAAUCUAAUCCAUGAAAAAUAAUACAUAUUUCUGAGCAUUAGUACCGACUACCCAGACAGCACUGGGUUUUUUUACCCAGGCAAUAAAUCUUUAUUCAGAGCAAUAGGAAAAACAUCUUUAAAUCUGUAAAACAAAAAAAUAAAAUAAGAGCUGUAUUUUAAGUAAAGCUUUAAGUCACCUAGCACUAUUCACCUCAGCUCAGCAAUUCUGAAUCCUGCCCCUGGCCUCCUCUUAUGAUAAUUUUGCCCCCUACAGGACAAAUUAGGUGCUGGCACCUAAAUUAUUUUCAGUUCUGAAUUAAUUGCCUGAAUUAUUUUGAGUUCUAACGUGGUUUCACAGUGCCUUUAACCUUUUAUAAAGAGGAUUUAUAAUCUAUCAUUUUUUAAAAAUUAAAACCAAUGUUUGAAGCUGCUGACUACUAACAAAAGAGUUUCACUCUCUUUAUAACACCUCAGGAUGCAGUUUUUUCAAGGCCUUAUAAGGGAAAAAAUGAUUCACGUGCAAUUCUUCAAAAGCUAAAUUCUCCUAAACUUGCAUAUAUCUGUGGAGAUUUUCCUUUCAUGUGUUUUUUUAAAAUGUUGGAAGAUUGGAUUGAUUGUGAAUCUGUGGUUUCUAGUGGAGCUCUCAUAAGAGAUCCUUUCAUCAAUAAUGUUGCUUCAUUACGUUCACUGGGUGCUAAAUGACUUCCAUUUUAAAGUGAGCAUACUCCAAUUGUUGAAUGUUUGUCACAUCAUAAUUUGUACCCUAAAGCAUUGAAGUUAUUUUUAAAAAUCACAGAGAAAUCCAUUCUUCUUUUAUUAUUUAACUGCAAAAAUCUGUAUAAUUAUCUGAAUUUAAAAUGUACAAUUCUUUUUCUUCUGUAAAUGUGUAUUAUUUUGAGAAAUAAAGAAUGGCGGGACCAUUGCUUCUGUUAAAAUACCUACUCUGUUCUUAGAUAUUGACUUUGAUAAGUUCUUUAUACAAACUUGAGGUGCCAAGAAUUACUUAAUAUGGCCCUUCUAGCCAUGGUCUUGUAACUCUCACCAAAUGAUUGGGUGGGCCUACUCAUACAAGGUGUAUGAAAAUCUAACGAAGGGAUUGGUCAAUUUUGCCAUCCCACUAGGCUUAAAAGAAAGCCAAUUCCAGAGCAGAGAAGGACCUCACUACCACCAAGCAAGAAGAGCUAGGAGUGGAGCAUGUCCUUUGGACCCAGGAUCCCUGCACUGUGAACCUGCUAGACCCAGGAGACAGAAAGAAAGCUGUAAUCCUGGAGAUGGUGAGAGAUGGCAAGAACCAGCAGCAGAGAAAUGGUGGCAGCAGAACCAGGAGAUGGUACGGUGGGCUCCUGGCCCACGGAGCAAGGUAGUUACUACGGUAGUUGUGCUGACCCAAAAAGCGAGAGAGCUAAGCACCUUCACCUUCGGGCAGGAAGCUUUCUGGUGCAGUGGGUGGCUCCAGGCACUUAUUGGCAUAGUUAAAGAGCUUUGUAACACUUGCCCAAGCAAGGCAGAGGCUGGGCUGAGAGUCCAGAGGGCUGAAAGUCCUAGAAUCCGAGAGCUAGAGAGAGGCCAGCCUGCAGGCAUGGCUGAGAAGAAGCUAUCCUGAUCAAAGAACUAUAUCCUGAGUCGUUCCUGAUUCUCAAUUGUAUCCUGUUACUUCCCUAAUAAGCCCCAUAACUCUAGUAUUGUCUGUGAACUCUGUGUGUCCAUUGCAAUGAAAUAUUGAACCUAGCGGAGAAGUGAAGAGUGCUUUGGGAGGAAUGGUUGAUGUCAGAAUUGCUAAAAAGGGCUGCUGAUCUUGAUUCUCUCUACCCCUUGUGUCAUGGAUUGAACUGUAUCUCCCCCAAAAUAAGUGUCAACUUGGUUAGGAUGUAAUUCCCAGUAUUGUGUGGCUGUUCUCCAUUUUGUGAUUGUAAUUUUAUGUUAAAGAGGAUUAGGGUAGGAUUGUAACACCCUUACUAAGGUCACAUCCCUGAUCCAAUAUAAAGGGAGUUUCCCUGGGAUAUGGCCUGCACCACCUUUAUCUUACAGGAGAUAAAAGGAAGCAAGGUGGGGGGGGAGGGGGAUGACCUCAUACCACCAAGAAAGCAGUGCUGGGAGCAGAGUGCAUACUUUGGACCCAGGAUCCCUGCACUGAGAAGCUCCUAGUCCAGGGGAAGACUGAUGAGGAGGCUGACAGAGAGAGAAAGACUUUCCCUGGAGCUGAUGCCCUGAAUUUGGACUUUCAGCCUACUUACUGUGAAGAAAUAAAUUUCUAUUUGUUAAUGCUAUCCACUUGUGGUAUUUCUAUCAUAGCAGCACUAGAUGUCUAAGACACCUUGUGAAGUUAGAGGAGGUCAGAUGCCCCUACCAAGGCAAUUUUACAAACCUAAUGUGCUUUUUAAAUUGUCAUCAUUCAGCAACACUUAUCACAAAAUUAUUCAUUCAGUAGUUCUCAAUCAGGCAAUUUUACCUCCCAAGGAAUAUUUGGCAACGUCUGGAGACAAUUUAAGGAGCGCAGUGGUUAACAGUUCGGCUACUAACUGGAAAGGUUGGCAGUUUGAAUGCACCCGCCGCUCCUUGGAAACCCUAUGAGGCAGUUCUACUCUGUCCUGUAGGGUCACUAUGAGUUGGAAUCAACUCCACAGCAACAAGUUUGGUUGGUGGCACAAGUUUAAGCUCUUGGCUGCUAACCAAAAGGUCAGCAAUUCAUAACCACCAGCCAUUCUGCCAGAGAAAAGACCUGGCAAUCUGUUUCCCUAAAGAUUUAUAGCCUAGGAAACCCUAUGGGGGCAGUUCUACUCUGUCAAAUAUACUCUGUCACGUAGGGUAGCUAAAAGUUGGAAUUGAUUUGAUAGACAACAACAAAUUUGCUUGUCACAGCUGGGCAGCUGUGCUAUUUGUAUCUAGUAGAUGGAGGCCCAAAGGAUACUGCUCAACAUCCUACAAUGCAUGAGAGAGCCAAUCACAACAUAUGCCAACAUGCCAAAUAUGCAAUAUGCCAAAGUUGAGAAACCCUGUUUAGGUAAAGGUAAGGCUGAGCACCAAGCAAUUAUUUGUUCCGCUUCCAAAAGGUUCCAUUGAAAUUUAAAAGGUAAGAUGUAGUCAGACUUUAUAUAUCCUACUCUUUACUGUGCAAACCCUGGUUGCGUAGUGGUUAAGAACUAGGCUGCUAAUCAAAAUGUUGGCGGUUCAAAUCCACCAGGCACUCCUUGGAAGCUCUGUGGGGCAGUUCUACUCUGUCCUAUAGGGUCACUAUGAGUCAGAAUUGACUUGAUGGCAAUGGGUUUGGUUUUUGGUUUUUACUCUUUACUGUAUUCAUGCUAGGUUUUGGGUACCUGUAGCUACCCAAAACUGUGUGUGUGUGUACCCCACUUAGAAUAUGUUCAAGCAUUUGAAAGUUUUGUGGAUUUUUCACAAGAAGAGGUACAGUUCAGAACACAGGUGUUAUUGAAUUCUGGUGACUUUUUGCUGAGUGAAAGAUGGAGGGAAGAUUUAUCUUUAUUGAAGUAAAUGAAAUAUUACAGAGGAAUACCUGUGUCCGAGCUUAUUGGUAGAAAAUCAUCUGGUAUUUUAAUCCUGAAGGUUCCGGAGAGGGCCACACAUGGGUCUUGAUUAAGGUAAUCAUUGCCCCAAAGCAGCCAUAUAAGAGGCCCAACGAAGGUAAACCACGGAGUGGUACUGGUCAAGAUAGAUCAAGUUAUGCUGCAAUUACAAACUGCCAAAUUUCAGUGCUCACCAAAGUCUAUUGUGAGGCCUGGCUAUUCUGCAGGGCAGCUGUGCUCCAUACGUUGCUUCGGAAUUCCAGGUUGCUUUGAUCUCAUGGAAUUUGUAUAUCACCAUGUGCUUCCCCUAAUAGCCUUACCACAGCAGGACAGAGCAGGCUGGAGAGUCAGUGACACAGCUCCCUUUUGCCCACAUUUCAUUUGCCAAGGCAAGUCACGUAGCCAUAAGUAAUAUUAAGGCCCCGGGAAAGUGCAGUCUUCUUAUGUAGAAGAGAACUAGAUAUUGGAACACAAUGAUGUCACCUUGGGCGGACAAUCCAGGCAGAGUAGACAGAGAAGAAGAGAAGAUCCAUGGAGAAAGAUAUUAAAAACGUGUGUGGAAAGGAGAAGUGAGAAGUCAAAAAUAUGCAUGAAACUAGCUUCUUAGAAACAAGUGACAUCAUUUUUGCAUGGUAUUCUUGGUUAAUUUGACUCAAAGUCUGGCAUUAUUUUAGUAAAUGGAAGACUUCUCAGCUUCUCAAACAUAAGACAAGAAUCCCUUUCUCUGAGUCAUUCUUAUUCAUUAAGAAGACAUACUUAGUGUGCUCUCAGUCCCUUACAAAUGUAUUUUCUCAGUAUGUUCCUUGUGCACCGGCAUCAGAACCACUUGGGAUGCUUGUUACAUUGCAUUUUCCUGGGCCCUCUUCAGAUGUAUUGAAUUAGAAUCUCUGAAGCUCUGGAAUCAUUCAUCAGCAAGUCAUAAAAAAAUAUAUUCAAAUGCAUCCAUUUCUCCACAUCUCCAUUUCUACGAUUCUAAUCCAAGUCAUCAUCUUGUCUGAAUCCACAUAGUAGCUUUCUAACUGGUUCCCCUGCCUCCACUUAUAACCUU